GCGAGCAGGUGGCGUCACCAGCUUCCUGCUUGUCGGGCCAGCCCCUCGUCUCUGUUAUUUAGGCUACAUCCAGCGUGCACCAUUAUGGAGACUCGCCCUCCUUCUCCUUGUCUAAAACUAUCCGUUGAGAAUUUUGAAGACCACUUGGUGAUAACAGGGCAGGAGCCCGACUAUGAGGUCAGUGGCACUAUGGUCGACGUCUGCAACAUCAUUGCUCAACACCUCGGAUUCUGUUACAUGUUUGUGGUGGCACCAGAUCGGAAGUACGGUGAACGGCUACCCAACGGGUCCUGGACUGGCAUUAUGGGCCAACUGCAGAGAUCCGAGACGGAUAUGACUGCUGUGUUAAUGUCAAUAAGUCACCCGAGGAUACCGGUUGCCGACUUCAGUGAGCCGCUCUUCCUGGACAAUUCCAAUAUCAUCAACGCUCGCCCCAUGCUUACCUCUGACCUGGCUGGCUUCGUCAAGCCUUAUUCUUAUGGGAUAUGGUUGCUGGUGCUACUUAGCUUCCUGGUCGUCUUCGUCACCACCUUUAUCAUCCUGUGGGGCCACGACCUUCUUCACCAGUGUCCAAGUAGUGAUGGUUGCGAGUCGCCGAGUGGAUGGAUUAGCAGCCUGAGCAAGUCUUCCAACUGGACCUGGUGUGUCCUGCUGGCCCAGUCUGUUCCGUGGCAGCCAGCAGGUGACUCGGUGCGGGUGAUGACAGGGAUGUGGCUGCUGGUGACGUUCAUCCUGGGCACAGUGUACCGCUCCAAUCUUAAAGCCAUGCUCAUCAUCCCCAAGAUCUCUCUUCCCUUCGACAACCUGGAGGAGCUGGUCGACUCAGGCACCCCUACUAUAGUCAUCGAGUCUAGCAUGCUACACCAAGCUAUUUUAAAGGCGGAGAGCAACACCGCCCUGGGACGACUGAGGCACCAGAUGCUGCCCUACCCUCCCAACGAGUUAAGCAACUUCAUCUCCAAAAUCAUUCAAGGCGUGCACCCCGGGGCUGGUCCAAAUAUUGCAAUCAUGGCAAUUAUGCAUCGCGUCUUCUCCAAUAAAGGAGAAUGUAACCUGUACUCAAUGUCUCGCGGUUUCCUGGGUCCAACCAGCCUCAGUCUGGGCUUCCCCAAGGGCUCGGCUCUCAAGGCAAAAGUGGAUAACGUCAUCAUCAGACUAAAGGAAUCUGGCAUACUAGAUCGGCUGGCGCUUCAGAGAAUGUUUAACGCCACGGAGUGUCAGAGGUCUAGUCGAACUGUCGACAAAACUGAAUUGCGCGCUCUCGGAAUCGGCGACUUCUACGGUGUGUUCUGUCUCUAUGCUGCAGGUAGUGCAAAAUUCCUGUUGCUUCUGAAAUGGUUCGAUCUCCAUUUACCGUCGACUGGAUUUCAGCAAGGAAGCUUUUUAAAGGUUGCAAAUUUUCAUGAACUUUGUUCACGGUCCAUAUGUUAA